AUGCAGAUCCGGUCUGACGAAGCCCACUACCACACUAACAUCCCGGAGCUGAACGGCAACAACAUCACGCGGAUCAACAAGAACGACUUCUCCGGGCUGAAGCAGCUGCGCGUCUUAGUCUGGCACUACAAGCUGCAUCCAUCUGGGCUCCUGCCUGCGCUACCUCUGGAGGUCCACGCUUUCUGUGCGCGGCGCAAAGCAAAGCAGCCGUGCUUCGGCCUCUUUCGGAGGGACCUGAGCGAGAACUUCAUCCAGGCCAUCCCCAGGAAAGCUUUCCGCGGGGCCACCGACCUCAAGAACCUGCAGCUGGACAAGAACCAGAUCAGCUGCAUCGAGGACGGGGCCUUCCGCGCCCUGCGGGGGCUGGAGGUCCUGACCCUGAAUAACAACAACAUCACUUCCAUCCCCGUGUCCAGCUUCAACCACAUGCCCAAGCUGCGGACGUUUGCCUCUGCGCUGCUAUGGGCUGAAUGGUGCUUAUGUGCUUUUCUUUCCACAGCCAAGGAGCAGUAUUUCAUCCCAGCCAAGGAGCAGUAUUUCAUCCCAGGUCAGGAGGAGCCAGGCUGCGUCCCGCGGCCCCAGUGCCCUCAGGAGUGCACCUGCCUCGACACGGUCGUGCGCUGCAGCAACAAGCACCUCAAGGCCCUGCCCAAGGGCAUCCCCAAGAACGUCACCGAGCUGUGA